AUGGAAGGCCAAGCAUCCUCUGUUCCUAUGCGAGGAGAGGUGGAGACGACUCGCCCCUUCCGGUCGGUGAAGGAUGCUGUCGCAGUUCUCGACGAGCGCUUUCUUUCCGGCCAUGCUCGAUCUCCGAAGGCCAACACACGACCAAUAAGAUCACAUCCAGCGCCAAAGGCAGUCUUCUCGGCCUCCACUUCGCCACCUUCCUACACCUCUUCUGCAGCGCUCUCAGUGUUCAGCUCUCUGAGAAACGUGGAGGCAGAACUAGAGAAGAUGAAGCGAGAACUGAUGCUCCUGAAGGAGAGAGAAUCCGACACGGCAAGAACAAUUGCCACUCUCAAUUUCCAGUUCCGUAAAAGCAUGUGUAAAGCGGCGGAGAUCGACGCAGUCGCCAACGCAGCAGAGAGCAGUGUGUCAAUGGAACUGCCUAAUAAAACUCGGAGCGAGCCAUGGCGAGAUGACCGACCAAGAAACGUCGAGAAGGAAAAUGACUUCGGUGGGAGGAGAAGGAUCAAAUUGCACAAGAGGAAGCCUGUCAUUCCACUGAUCGGAGAUCUUCUCUCCGGGAAAACAGAAUCCACUGAUCUCAACAUCUCUCUCUACCCUCGUUCCACAAUCUACAGCUUCAGCUAGU